AUGAAAAAUGUUUAUUCGGAAGAGCGAAGCAAUCUUUUAUGUCACUGUAAGGAAUUAAGUCCUUACAUGCACAAGCACAAACAAAACGAGGAUGAUGAUGGUGAUGUUUGUCUCCUAUUCCGCUUCACAGUUUUCAACAUUUUUUCUCGACUUUUCUAUUCCGUUUUCACAUCGAAUAUUGGUAACAGUGGCGUGAAUUUAUAUACUUGUGCAAUUCAUUUACAAUCACUACAGACUUAUUGUUUACACGCCACUGAUCAUGGAAAAGACAGCGAGUAUCCCAAUAGAUUAGGUGGUGGAAAGAGGGUAAAUAAGUUAAAGCAAAAUACAUAA